AUGAUGACGACAAGCGGAGAGCCUGCGCCGGAGGAGGACUUCAGUGGCCUCUCACUGAUCGAAAAGCUUAAUCAUAAAAGUUGGCGUGCAAGAAAUGAAGGAUAUGUAGAGCUAGACAAGUUACUCAAGACAUUGGAUCUAGAUGCUGAAUCAGACUACCGCAAAUACACUGAUGUUGUCAAAAGGAUCCCUGUCGACUCAAAUCUCAUUGCUCAAGAAUGUGGUUUGACUACUUUAUGGACGUUUCUGAAAUACGCUCCCUUGUCUAUUGCUCAGAAAACUCGAUCAGUCGUAUUGCCCAGUCUCAUUGAGAAGGGUCUCGCCUCUGCUCGAUCUGGCACCCGUUCAAAGGCGUUGGAAAUUACAAUGACUUAUGUGGAAUUAGAAGUAGCAGAUGGCGUAGUGGACGAUUUGAUAGCCGGCCUUGAUCACAAAACACCAAAGAAUAUUGCUGCUUGUAUAACAGCUCUCAAGGAAGCAGUGAGACUGUUUGGGGUCAAGGUUGUUAGUCCGAAGUUAAUCGUAAAACAACUUGGAAAGAUAUUUGAUCACAAGGACAAGGCUGGCUUCGCGUUGGUAAUUGAAUUGAAGAGAUGGCUUGGAAAUGCUCUAGAUGCAUCACUUUCGGAUUUGAAGCCGACGCAGAUAAAGGAGAUUAAUGAUAUGCUGGAAAAAGUACCGACAGAAAGGCCUGUGGCAGAAAGGCAUACUAGAUCCCAGCAUGGUGUAAUUGGUGGUGUUCCGUCUGGAGGUGAACAAUCUACAGAUACAUUGUCUUUAGCGCAAAAUGCACCAGAACCUGAUCCCAUGGAGUUUUUGGAUGCUAUGAAUAUACUAGAUCAUUUACCUCCCAACUUCUAUACCAAUCUUGUUGCACCCAAAUGGCAAGAUAAAAAAGAAGCUUUGGAGGCACUAUUGAACCUGAUUAAGGGUAGAAAGUUGGAAGAUGGGAGGUAUCAUGAGUUAUGUGGUGCUCUCUCCAAGCGUAUCGCCGACACAAACAUCUACAUUGUCAUUGCUGCUGCCAAAUGUAUUGACAACAUUGCCAAGGGUCUCAGAUCCCACUUUUCACAAUAUCGAAGCAUUGUGGUUGAACGUCUGAUUGAUAGGCUCAAGGAAAAGAAGCCCGCUGUUAUUGAAGCAUUGCGUACUGCAUUGGAUGGUGUUUCUCUUUCGACUGGCAUUGCAGACAAUCUGAACGAUUUGAUGGAAGGUUGCUCGAAUAAGAAUCCUCAAGUCAAACAAGAGUGCCUAGCUUGGUUGGUUCGUCUACUCAAGGCCAGUAGCAAACCGCCAUCAAAAGCUGAUAUUAAAGCUAUUGCUGAAAUGGCCAUCAAGGCAUGUGUUAUCUUGGAUGAUCCCAUACCAGAUAUUCGUAAUGUCGCUUGUGAAGUACUUGGAACUUUGCUUAAGAGUAUUGGCGACAGAGCCAUGGCGCCUUAUAUGGAACGAGUGUCUGAUAAGAUCAAGGCAGACAAGAUUCGAGAAUAUGGUGCCAAUGCCGAUGUUGCAGCUGGUGGACAAUCUGUGACUCAAAGACCCUCAGUCGCUAUGCCUAGCGCUAGUUCUUCUGCAAGGCCUUCUACUGCAAAAUCGGUUCCGCUCAAGGCAACCAAAGGUGUUUCAGCGUCUAAUUCGUCUGGAAAUAUUGCUGGCGCAGACAAGAAGAAGAGGCCACCAUCGGCAGGAACCAAACAAGCUGCCAAAGAAAUGGACAAGGAAGAGCCGACAGUGGUCUCCUUCAAACUCUCUGACGAUGCAGCCGAAACGCAUCUUGUAGAAUUGGUUGGCCAAGAAGUCGUUGACCAAUUGUCUGAUGCCAAUUGGAAGAAUCGACUAUUGGGUGCUGUUGCUAUACUGGAAUAUGUUGAGAGAGCGACAAUGUCGGAAUUGGAACCUGAAGGGUUUGUCAGAACCCUGGGUAGAAAGCCAGGUUGGAAGGAGAAUAACUUUCAGGUUAUGACGAAUAUGGUCAAGACUGUAGGAACACUAGCAAAGGAUAAUGCGAACUUUGGUCGAGGUUCUGCAUCCUUAGCUAUUCCAGGCUUGGUUGAGAAAUUGAGUGAUGUCAAGAUCAAGAAGCUUGCAACUGAAGCUCUCACAUCCAUUGCCGCUUCAACAUCCCUGCAGUUCGUACUCCAUGAAGCUAUCGAAUCUCUUAAGCCACAAAAGAGUCCCAAGGUCUUACAAGAAUCUCUAACAUGGAUGCAACAGGCUUUACUGCAGUUUGGUACAACAGGAGUAGCUACACGUGACAUAGUAGACUUCGUCAAAUCGGCGUUAGCCAAUAAAGAUGCUCAAGUACGAACUGCUGGUGUCAGUGUAUUGGGAUCACUACGAAUGUUUGCAGGACCAGAUUUGAGAGCAUUGUUGACUGAUCUUAGUCCCGCACUAUUGACUACCAUUGAUGCUGAAUUCGACAAAGUGGCUGCAUUGGCACCACCAAAACCUACUAUUGCUGCCAUUCAACAAGCAGGCACGGAUAUUACAGAGUCGACAGAGGAUUUGAUACCUAGAACGGAUAUCAGUUCUCAGAUGUCGACAGAGUUGAUAUCGGAAAUCAACGAUGCAAACUGGAAGACUCGUCAGGAAGGACUGGACAAGGUGCUACAGAUUCUUGAAUCAGCGAACAAGAAGAUCAAACCAAACGUUGGGGAAUUGAUCUCAGCACUCAAGUCUCGCUUGUCGGAUUCUAACAAGAAUUUGACGAUCAAGGCAUUGGAAAUCAUUGGUGUGCUUGCCAUCGCUAUGGGCAAACCAUUUGAUCGAUAUGCUCGUCUCAUCGGUACAGCUAUUGCAUCAUGCACUGCUGAUAAUAAAAUCCAAGUCCGUACAGCAGCCACCUCGGCGCUUAAUUCCAUAAGUACUGCCUGUAAAUUGGAGCCCAUCAUCCCAUCAAUCGGUCAAGCAUUGGCUGCAGAUCAACCCUUGUUACGAAAGGACUUGCUUAAAUGGUUGUCCGAUCAUUUAGAGGCAUCUAAAGAUACACUACCAGACAUGCACCCUCUCGUGCAUCCUAUAUUAACGUGCUUACAAGAUCGUAAUGCUGACGUGAGAAAGCUAGCACAACUGGUUAUUGCAUAUGUCUCUGAAGGAGUUGGAUAUAAUUCUUUGGUAGACAAGGCUGGAGAGAUCUUCAAGGGUGCUGCUUUGGCCUCGAUAAUGCCAUCACUAGAAGCAUUUAAGUCAAAUGGUAAACAGCAUCAACAGUCAGCUGCAUUGGCUAGUCCUGGUACACCAGUCAAGGCCGCUCCAUCUGCUCCUACUAAACGUAGUAAUCUUCCUCCACCAUCUCUUAAAGAACCAGCGGGAAAGCUGACAGACAAGUCGAAACGACCCAUUACUGCUCCAACCGCGCCAUCAGCUACUACGAAUCUGCCGACUAGACCGGGAACAGCCGCUUCAACAUCUCUUGCGUCAGUAGCAGAACCACCCAUAUUAACGAGUGAUAUGAGAGCUAAGGAUCAACGAGCACAGGCUGAUCGUGGUCUAACCAAAUGGACGUUCGAUCAACCACGUAAAGAUUUAAUCGAAUUUUUAGCAGAGCAAUGUCAAUCACAAUUCUCUGCUGGAGUCCAUAACUGGCUGUUCAGUACCGACCACUAUAAAGAAAAGGAUUUUAUACUGGGUUUAGCUGCUCUAGACGAUGGAAUGGGUCAAGCUUCAGCAUACGAUCUUGAGCCAGAAGAACUCAGAGAACGAUAUGUAGCAAAUGCAGAUCUCAUUUUGAAAUACCUCACAAUUCGAUUUUUUGAUACCAAUACCACCAUAUUGCUCAAAUGUCUUGACUUGCUCGAGAAUUUAGUAGCAUUGCUAGAUGAGCAUGGAUAUCGUCUUACCGAUUAUGAAGCUGCUUCGUUUAUGCCUUUUUUCAUCAACAAGGUUGGUGAUCCAAAGGAAGCCAUGAGAGUCAGGAUACGUAACAGUAUGCGUCAAAUUUGCAGGAUUUAUCCAGCUAGUAAAAUGUUUAGCUACCUUAUGAAGGGGCUUGAAUCCAAGAAUGUGAGAGUACGCACAGAAUGUCUGGAAGAGUUGGGUAUUUUGAUUCAAAGGAAUGGGAUGGGUGUAUGUAAUACCAGUAAAGUGCUGCCACCAAUCGCUGCUCAAAUCUCGGAUCGUGAUGCCAGUGUUCGAAAUGCUGCAUUGGGAACCAUCACACAGUGUUAUCUGCUAGUAGGUGACGCAGUAUUCAAACAUAUUGGCAAAAUUCCCGAUAAAGAUCGUAGUUUGCUGGAUGAGAAGAUCAAGAGGAUGCCUGUAGAUGCGGCUAGUGCACGACCAAGAGCAUCGGAAACAACUGCUCCUGAUCGCGUGAGUACUGCAGAACCACCCGUAUCAGCACGACCUAGUGCAAGUACUCGAGAGAGUCCAGCAAUAGCCUCCCCUGUCAUUGAAUCACGAUCAGGAGGCGGAUCGCCAAUAAUAGGAACCAUUAAACGUGAAUUUAGUUUGGAGUUGGACAAAUUGAACAUGCCGACUCUCUCUGGUAGCACAGCAACGGCGAGUAGAAUCGCUCCAAUAUCACGAGCAACCAACCACUUUAAUAAAAGUAAUCCCGAUAUAGCAGCCUCCAUCUCAACGCCAACCCCUUUUCGUAAUCCACAACCUAGCUUUUCGUUUGACUUGCUCAUAAACCAAAUCAUGGCUAGUGACGCACCUCAAAGUAUUGAUGCGUUGAAACAGGUUGAGAAGAUAUUGACCACAUCUGCUGAUGAUGUGAUUAAUCACGUAGACGAUAUCGUAUCAGCUAUAACAUUGCAAAUUCGGAUUGCGUUUACAGCAGUUGAUAUAUCAAGUCCCAAUGUCUCACGGCUAUGUAAGCAUUUGGUGAAUGCUCUGGUACAGUUAUUUGCCUAUCCGAAUUUGGCCAAGAAACUGUCACAAUCGAAUUUGAUGACGUGUGUAAAGGAAUUAUUGCAUCGGUUGCUGGAUCCUACCUUGCAGACUUUGGAGCAAGGCUCUACAUUAGCUAAAGCCUUGAAUGUGCUUGUGGUACGGAUCUUGGAGAAUUGUGAUAAGAAUGAUUCGUUCAGUGUUCUCUUGAAAAUCUUGGACGAAGCAGCUACCACUGUUUUAAGUUCCAAAGAUCCACAGCAAGUUCAUAUCAACUCGAAACUGCUCGAACUAGACAUGAAGUGUUUAUGGAAGUUGACCAAACAAACGGGUAGCAUGUUAGAGUCAAAAAGUUUAGCAGUAAACAAGCUAUUACGAGACGUAAAUGACUUUUUAACGUCUACACCACCCAACGAAUGGAAGAAACGGGCAGCAGAGAAGGCACAAUCCGCUGAUAUGCCUCUGCGUACCGUCAAGACUAUAUUACACGAACUAGUAGCUAAUCUAGGAUCGUCGAUUUAUGAACACUUCGAUUUGAUUCAAGAUGCCAAGGCUAGUUAUGCCUUUUCGUAUGUGUCCAAGAUGGUAGACACUAAACCAGCCGAUCCGAGUUUAGCCAAGUCUGCAACUACCGAAUUGAGAACACCCGAGACAAGGCCAGCACCAUCCUCUAUACUGCAGCCAUCCUCUGUUAGAUCUUUUAUACCAUCAUCAUUACCUCAUCCGAGUCACAAUAACCAUAAUGUACCUGUAGUAGAGCCAGUAGCCAAUAAUGGUAGUGGCAUGUCAUUGGAAGAAGAACUAGCAGCUAUCUUCCAUAGAAUUUCUGAAAAGGAAAAGUCUAAAGAAGCCAUUAAAGAAUUACAUGCCUUUCAGCUAGCACAUCCAGAAUCAAAUCAUCUUGUUGAAGCUCAAUUGGCUACCAAGAAUGGAUACUUUAAGGGAUAUAUUGAACGAGGAUUGGCUGGUCUUGUUGCAGCUGAUAAUGCUAAAAAGGCACGAGAAACAACAACCACCGCACCAUCAUCGCGUCCUACUUCUGCGCUUACUACAACAGCUGUGCCUGCUCAAAAUGAUGAAGCAUACUCGGAUACACUAAAGAGGCUUCAACGAAUGUACAAUCGACCUGUGGGUAGUGGAGCUGCAGUCAUGAACACGCCAGCACCACCAGUAGUAGCGCCAGUACCAGCACCCGUUGCCAACAUACCUUCUGCUAGUGGAGCUCCACUUGCUUCAAUGCAAGAUUUGAUGGCACGGCUUGAGAAGAUGAAGAAGGCAUCAACUCUCAACAAAUAA